AUGCAGUUCCAGGAGAAGUGGACCGAUCUGGAAAAGGGCUCUUGCCCUAAUCACCACAUAUUUAAGGUUCAAUCAGCCUACGAUGGAUGCCACUGUCCGUCGACUAUCAACUUUACUCAGUGUGCCUUUGAUACUAAUGACGAAGCAGUCGUCGCAGUGGACAACAACGGUAUUGCUUACUACAUAGAUAUAACCGGUAAACCAGCCUACAGGAAGCUGGGUACAGUAGGUCUGUGCACUUUUAUAACAUUUAACCCUAAAGACAGAAGCGAAUUAUUAAUUGGUUUAAGUUCUACUAACAUAAAAGUAUUAAGGAUAAAUGCUAUUAACGAUUUUUGUUUGCUAACCGGUCACACCUCACCACCUACAAAUAUAUCGUUCUACAAAGAUUACUGCUUGACCGCUUCAAAUAAAGAAGUUCUAAUAUGGCAAGCUAAGUCUUACAGCAAGGCUCAUCAGUUACGUUUAAAUGCAAAGACUAUUGUUAUCAAGAAAGCUGUAUUUUCAAGUUUAGGAAUUGUGGCUGUUCUAUACUUGACUGAUAUUAUUCAAACUUGGACAUUCCAACAGUUUGAUAAGGAUAAUAAAAUAGAUGUAGAAAAACACGGAUUGAAGAAUGUCAAAGACUUUGAUUUUACAAAAGAUGGUAGAGCAAUGAUAGUUUGUGGCUUGCAGAAUAAAAUUUUGGUAUUUAACACAUCAAGGUGGGAAGUAUUAAAGAGUAUGGAAUUUCAUGAAAACUUCAAUGGAGGAAAACAAAUACUAGUUGUGCCAUUGCCACUAGAUGGAGGAGCAAAUUCCAUAACUGCAGUUCUUACAUCAGAUUGUUUACUUAAGUAUUUCAGUUUGGCCACAUCCAGUAUUAUUGAAAAUUGCUGUGACGUGCAACCUGGAAUCAAAAGAAUUGAAGUUUCACCCAAAGGCUGUUUCUUAGCAUUCAUUAGUAAACAUGGAUUUUUAGAGAUUACUCAUUUAGAUAAGGUACUAAACGUGAAACUCUGCUCCAGUUCCAGCUCAGAGAAAACUACUAAAAGCAAAGUACAAAAAAUGGCACAUUCCCACAAAGCCCAGGAACAAUUAAAGUGCGUACGUGAUGCUGUUAAGGAAGAAUUAAAUUUAGAUAGGCUCAUACCAAUAUUGAAGGAAUUUGGAGAGUAUCCUGAAAAACAUAGACGACUCAUUUGGAUGACAAUAAUGGAACUGCCUAACAAUAAGAAAGCUUACAUUGACUUGUCAAACAAAGUUCCACACGAGGCAAUGUUCAAACUGUUAAAGAAUGAUCCUUUGUUAGAUAAAUGCAAAAGCUCUAUUUUGGGAACAACAAUAAGUUGUUUGCUUCACUGGUGUCCUGCUCUAGCCGAGUGCUUAUUUUUACCAAAACUGGUUAUGCCUCUUGUCAAUGUUUUCCAGAAAAACCCUAUUCUCGGAUUUGAGUCUUCCUUGUAUGUUAUACUUAACUACUGCCAAAAAUGGUUUGAGUAUCAUCCUCUGCCACCUCUAAAUAUAUUAGGAAUGGUAGAGAACGUUUUGCUGGAAGCAGAUCCAUUGCUUUUCAAUUAUUUCUGUGAAAAAGGUGUGACAUCUACCCAUUAUGCCUGGCCAUUGCUGCAAACUCUCAUGAGUGAAGUAUUAGGUCAAGAGGAUUGGCUGAUUUUAUGGGAUCACCUGUUAUCACUUCAAAAGCCUUGGUACCUCUUGAUGUGCACUGUAGCUUAUAAUAUCAUAUAUCGCAAGACAAUAACGACGAGAUUGCAGACGAUGGAGGAUUUCCAACAAUUCUAUUGCACUAAGGGGCAUGCUUCCGUCAAAAGUAUUUUGAAACUUGCUCACAAACUGGAUGUUGAUACGCCGCACCGAAUUCACCCGCGCCGAUAUCUAAAAACCGGCACGGUUAUCAUUCCAAAUAAAGGACCAUAUCCACCAUUUCUUCAGUUUGAAUUUCCACAGUUUUUGACGGACGAAUUGCGCGGAUUAAAUCUUAAGAAACUCAAAGAUAAAGAGCGACGUCUACGGGGAUUUCAGCUUCAUGCAAUGGAACUAUUAGAAGAAAAAAGACUGCGUGCGGAAAGUGAGAAUUUCGUAAAGCAAAUUCACGAGAUGAGACUGAACGAACUGCGCAAAUGUUACGAGAAUCAAGUCUUAGAAGACGAGAGGCUAUUAGAAUACACGAAGAAAGAAACAGAAGACUUAGACCCUAGCAAUUAUUUGCCUGACGAUAUGAGAUGGAGCGACUUAUCGUUCAGCGAUCGAAGAUCGGCAUUUUUAAAGGACUUUGACAGGAAACGUAGAAAAAGCAAGCGGAAGAACUGCAGACUUCUGCAAGAACAAGUUGACAGAUUGGAAUUCGAAGUUCAAAAUUUACUCGCGACACUGCACACUCACAGGGCACGAUCUAGGCUUAAGUAA